GCGAGAUCACUGCUUGCCACGAUCUGGCCGUUGUGGCCACAAUCAGGAGCUCCGUACACAAGAAUCGCUCAAAGGGGAUAAAUCUCUGUGUCAUCCAGCUAUGGCUAGAUCACGAGUACUCGACGCCGUCGUCGGCCUGUACAGGGAAAAUCUGGCAGACCCGAACAUUUCUGAGCACUUGGCGGCUAUACGUACCCUGACUGACCUAUUGGACAUCUCUGAGGCCGAGACCACAGCAGAGCUUUUCCAAGAGCUCAGGGAUGCGAGUGAAGAGCUUAAGCGUCGCUUGACUAACCAUCUUUGCGCCACCGUGGGAUGCGAUCUUUUUCUAGCCUUCAUAACGCUGUUUCCCCAUGCGGCGGACACCGUACCCGGGCUGAAAAAGGAGCUCCAGACAGAGGGUCGAAAAUACAUUGCCUCGGCCAUGGGGUACCGCGACAAGAUCGCCGAGUCCGUAUUGGACUUCAUCAAGGACGACUCGAUCAUCCUAACACACUCGUACUCGCGCGUGGUGAUGACCGCUCUCCUGCACGCGCACAAGACGAAGCGCAUAUCAGUAUACGUCACCGAAGCUCGUCCCAACGGCCGCGGGUUGAGGACCUACGCGGAACUCAUCGAGGCCGGUAUCCCUUGCACGGUCGUUCUAGAUUCCGCUGUGGCCUAUGUCAUGGACCGCGUCGAUUUCGUCCUCGUGGGAUCAGAAGCUGUGGUCGAGAGUGGUGGGCUGAUCAACGCCGUGGGUAGCAAUCAGAUUGCCAUCCUCGCUCACGCCGCGCGCAAGCCCUUCUACGCGUUGGCCGAGAGCUUUAAGUUUCAUCGUCAUUUCCCCCUUUCGCAAUAUGACCUGCCCACCCAUACGCCGAGCAUAUUAUCUUUCCCUGUGCUCACUCCACUAAACCCGGAAGCGCACGAUCAAGAUUCCGGCACUUCUCCCGAAAAUCCUCCUUCGUCCGGCGAUGGCAAGUAUCUUUCUGAGAUACUGCUGCGAGCGGCGAGAGAGAGGGUAAUGACCAUGAUCCAACUGGAAUGUAAUCCUCGAGUGGACUACACUCGCCCAGAUCUGAUCUCCCUUGUGUUCUCGGACGUAGGGAUCUUAACGCCAGAAGGAGUGAGCCAGUACUUGGUGGGGAUGUUCGCAGCAUGACGGAAGAAUCUUGCAUGAUGGCUUUCCGAAAGAUCUCGAUAGAGUUCGCGAUAACCUUCUUGAGUUCUCUGCCCUGAGGCAGACCAGUUCAUCCACGUGCGACGCCAUUUGGCCGCCAUCUGUUGCGCGUCGGCUCGACUGAUCUGCAUGAGCAACUAGCCAUGCCCCGCCUGGGGAAAAUAGCUCAUGAAUGCCGUACCUAUUCGCGCCUUGAUACACGCGGCCGACGAUGAGCAGCCCCUUUCGCCUUCCCGCGGGAACGUACCUAAACGGUACCCCUGGGGAGUGCCG